AGUGUGAGAAAUGUGUUCACAUGCAAAGAUAUGGAGUGAAAGGAAAGAGCAAGAGAGAGUGGCAUGAGGGAGACAAGGCCUAACAGAUAAAGUGAAAGAGAGGAAAAGGGAGAGAGAGAAAGCAAAAGACUUAGAGAGAGAGAGAGAGAGAGAGGGGUGGGGAAUCAGAGGGAGAGCGAGGCGUGCUCAGACUGAGAGACUGAUUCUGAGAGGAAGAAAGCUGGUGAAGGUUCACUGUUGUUUUUCCUGCCUCACGUAGAAAUAGCCUCCACAAGAAGGACACAUCUUUUUAAUUGUUUCACUCUGAUUCAUUUUUUUGUGGAUUUUAAUGGGCGUUGGACUACAAAUCCUUCUUGAACUUUUGUGAGACUUUUGUGAACUUUUAAUUCAUUACUGUAUCAGAUUUACAGUUAAUUCACAGCUCUGGUUUUUCUGAAGUCAACAUCUGUGUGGGAAUAUUGUCUGCCUUUGACAUGGGGUUUGAAAAGGACCUACUUCUUCUUGGAUUAGUGUGUCUGCUGGGAAAAUGUGUCUCUGACUGUAAAUUUGGCUACUCCAAGAAUGAAAAAGAGGAGUGUGUGGAUACAGAUGAGUGUAAAGAAAACCUGUAUCCAUGUGGGAACAACUCAAACUGCUUGAACACAGCAGGCAGCUACUUCUGUCAGUGUCUUUCUGGGUUCGAACACGGUGGUGGGAGCCAAGACUUCGAACCGUUUUCUGGACUACAGUGUCAAGAUAGAAAUGAAUGCACUGACACUAAAAAUAACAAAGACAUCUGUGGAAAGAAAGGAACUUGUCAGAAUGUUGAUGGGAGUUACUGGUGCAAGUGUGAAGAAGGUUACACCAAUUCUGGAAAAAACAGCACACCAUGCUCAGAUAUAAAUGAAUGCAAAGAUGCUGAAAAUAAUAAAGACAUCUGUGGAAAGAAAGGAACUUGUCAGAAUGUUGAUGGGAGUUACUGGUGCAAGUGUGAAGAAGGUUACACCAAUUCUGGAAACAAAAGCACACCAUGCUCAGAUAUAAAUGAAUGCAGGGAUGCUGAAAAUAACAAAGACAUCUGUGGAAAGAAAGGAACUUGUCAGAAUGUUGAUGGGAGUUACUGGUGCAAGUGUGAAGAAGGUUACACCACUUAUGGAAAUGAAAGGACUCUAUGCUUAGAGCUUGACUGUGACAGCUUCAGUGAGGACGGCAGGCCUUCACAGUCGCUUGGAGGCCUGGCAGACAUUUUGUCCAUGAUGAGAAACAGCUGUUUGAGUCUGUCUAACCCAAGCACUGCUGCUGUAGGGAAGGUUGAUGGAGAGGCGCUACUGGAGAAACUUUUCACAGCCACUGAGGAGAUCCUGUCUCCCGGGCAACUGGACAGCAGUGACGGUGUGACCGAGUUGCUCGACACAAUGGAGCACUCUAUUUUGCUGAUCGGUCCUCAGCUCAAAGCCAACCGAACCAAGAUAGAGACCACAGAGACAGAUGUAGAGAUUGCUGUUCAAAAAGGAAACAUCCGGCCAACGGGACCGAUCCAUCUGAUGACUGAAAACGCUAGCCUCGACACUGACUGGACAACAGCAGCUGGGAUGGGGACGUACCCCGGUUUUGCUCUGGCUGCACUGUUGACCUACAAGAACCUGGAGAUAUCCAUGAAUGAGUCUUUUGAGGAUCUCAAAGAAUAUAAAAAAGAUGGUGUGGAACCCUCCUUUCACGUGUCCUCCAGAGUUGUGUCUGUUGUGGUCUCCAACCCAUCCACUCAGAAACUGAAUCGCGCUGUUAACAUCACUCUCAGACAUCUGCAGGACAAAGUGGAGUCCUCUGAGAUGAGGUACAUCUGUGCAUACUGGAAUGAAACAGGAGUCUGGUCCACAGAUGGUUGCUCACCGCAGCACUCCAAUGCCACACACACUCUGUGUACGUGUGAACAUCUGAGCAGUUUUGCUGUUCUCAUGGCCCUUUACCCCAUGGAGCACACCUUUGGGCUCUUGCUGGUGACCAAGAUUGGGCUGACCAUCUCCCUGUUGUGUCUGAUGUUGUGCAUCCUGACAUUCCUGUUCUGCCGAUCCAUACAAGGCACUCGUACCACCAUCCACCUGCACCUCUGCAUCUGCCUUUUCUUAGCUGAUCUCAUCUUCCUGGCCGGCAUUUCUCGAACUAAACCUGAGGGCGCCUGCAGGUUUGUUGCAGUGAUGCUUCAUUUCUUCUUCAUGGGCGUUUUCACAUGGAUGCUGCUAGAAGGGGUGCAGCUGUACCGUAUGGUUGUCCUGGUGUUUAAUGCCACCAUCAGGCCCCUCUACCUGUACGUCACGGGUUAUGGGGCACCUCUUGCUAUCGUCAUUAUAUCUGGCAUCAUUAGACCAACGGGAUACGGCACUGAAAAGUACUGCUGGCUAUCCCUGAAAGACGGCCUCAUCUGGAGCUUCUAUGGCCCCAUUUGCCUCAUCAUCAUCCUGAAUGUCUUUUUCUUCAUCGUCACUGUCUGGAAACUCGCCCAGAAGUUCACCAGCCUCAACCCAGACCUUUCCAAGCUGCGCAAAAUUAAAGCUUUCACAGUGACAGCUAUAGCCCAGAUGUGUAUCCUGGGUCUGAUGUGGGUGUUUGGGGCCUUCUUGUUUCAAGAGGGAACAACAAUUGUGGCGUAUGUCUUCACGAUUCUCAACAGCCUACAGGGUGCACUGAUCUUCAUCAUGCACUGCCUGCUGUCUAAACAGGUGAGAGAUGAGUACGCCCAUUUCCUCUCUUGUAUCUGCACACCACAGAAGAAGAGAUACUCGGACUUCAGCACCACCAAUCCCUCUAGCAGUCAGUCACAAGGUUCUCGGAGUGGGCAGCACACCGGAGAAUCUCAAAUAUGAGGAACUUUUUUCACUAAUUCUCCCCCGAAAGACAGACUAUCACACCUUCAGCCUAUUUUGGCCCUGAUUUUAAAGGUUUGAAUCACUUCACAUAAAAAUUCUGCCAUUUAUUUUAUCAUCUAUUUGUCAGUUUAAACCACAUGGAAAGCAGUGACUUUUUACCUGGGAAUUUGGACCCACCAUGGGGGUUGUAGAAUAAGUUGACUAAAUUGAUUGAUUUAUGAGUUAGGAAAGAAGUUAACAAUUGUUUUUCUGAUACACAAAAUUAUACUACUGUUUCUGAAUUUUCUCUAAUGUUUUCAUAUCAAAAUGAAAAAUCCUCCUUGGUACUGUGGAUCUGCAGGCAGGUAUUACUUGUCUUUAAAAGUUCAUCCACCAGAUUGGUUGUUUACUGCUGCAGAUGUAGAUAAACUUCAGUCCUUUCAGAGACUAGUGAAAUAAUGGGACCAAACAUUUUAACAACUUUAAAGCCAUAAACCUAAAUCCAGUAAACUGAAUCACAUCAUCAGCCAAUCAGUUAUAUUAUGGGUCAUACGGUCUGGCAUUUACCUCAUUUAUUUAGUUAUUUUCGUUACUGAUGAUGUUUUACAGCACUCUUUGUAGAUCCUGUUGUAUCGGGAAUGACAGAUUUUUAUUUGAGUGUAGAAUAAUCCGAUACAUGUGUUACUUAUGCGACAGCAGGCAAAAAAAAGGCCAGCUGUUGAAAGUGUUUUUUCAGGAGCUCCAGAUGUGAAGCUCAUAGGUUCAACGAAAACAUAUCACAAUCAUAAAAUAAGCUGUAUUCCCUUCAAAGUGAUUCAAAGUGAGACUAAUAUAGAUAUAUUUAUUUUAAAGUGCAGACGAUAAAGCCUAAAUAAUGUAGGCUGUAAGAAAAUAUGAGCAGCACAAGAAAACAGUUUGCACUCUAUUUUAUAUAAAUGUUUAAUGUAAAAAUAAGGGUGGGCAUGCUUUUCUUGUUUAUGGGAUCUUCUCAGAUAAUAUUUGUUUUCAUGUACUGUAUUCAACAGUAUGUUGUGAUGGGAAAGAAACAACUGACUGAUAAUGCAAAUUACCCAUGAAGUGCCUCUGAGUUUGCUCAUGUUCCCAUGUGGGCUCCUGUAGAGAUUUUAUAUCUGUUGUUGCUUUCAUUCCUAAACAAAACAAGUGAUUUUUAAUCACUUGUGGCUAUUAUUGAAGAGUCUAUCUUGGUUUACAAUUGAGCUGUGCCCUUUUUCCACAGGUGUAUGUGAAUUUUUUUUUUUUUUUUUUUAUUCUUGAAAUUGUAAACCAAGUAAACAAAUCUGUCUGGGCAAUUUGCAAAAUCAGACCCACCCUUCUGAUAAGCCUGCAGCUUCCUGCAAUCAAACUGUUUAUGGAAUAAAUUUCCAUUUUGUUAUUAUGUUCUUUUUAUAGCUGUUAGCCUGUGCCUGCACACAUUGUUAGUUACUGUAAGAUUGAAGUCACUUCCCUGAAAUGCGAACUUCAGCAGUAAUGGGAGCUGUACAGACCUGACUUUAUUUUAUUGCACUUUUCCGUUGUAAAAGACAUCGAUGAUCCAGCACACCGCCACUCACACAGUGCAUGUAAUAAUCAUGUAAUAAUCAAGAAGACUUGAUAACUAGCCUCACUUACUGAACCUGAACAGUUGUGAAAAUAUAUUUUUAUAUUUUCAGUUUUAUAGAAAUUUGUAAAGCAUGUUCUCUUUAGAGAAAAUGGGAGCAUGUCUUUGGAGUUUAAAUCAGAUUUUUUUUUUAUUUGAAAGAUUUUUUUGAUUGUUAAGAUUUAAGUUUCUUCUCACUUUCUUGUGUACAAAUGUGAUUAAAGCCACCAAGUUGCUGGUUUUAACGGCUAGAUUGUUCUUCGGUUCAUAAGCGUGGCUGCAUUUUUUUAAAAAAUGACCACCUAAACCUUUUAUUCGUGCUUUACAAAAUGUAUUUUUAUGUGAAAAAGCUACAUGCAUUAUGCAGCGUUUUGUGAAUGUAAGAACUAUUGUUGUUAGAAUAUACUAUAUGAACUUAUUUUUUUACUUUGUUGUUAUUCGGUUAUGUUUUCUUUAAGGAAUAUGCAUCACAAAAUUUAUUAAAGCUUCUACUUCAUCAAAAAAUC